ACUUCAGCUGGCCGUGCAAUAAGCCGGAGAGCCUUACUGCACCCACACCUCACUAUCACCUGCCAUCCUCGUCCAUGUAGCUAUCCAGUCUACUCUUAAACCAAGCUAUCGUCGAUGCACUAACUAUGUGAUUGCUUAGUCUAUUCCAUUCCAGAGAGAGAGAGAGAGAGAGAGAGAGAGAGAGAGAGAGAGAGAGAGAGAGAGAGAGGCGGGCCACACCUGUCAUGGAGGUGGGCGGAGCUUGAGAGCCAGCCGUCAAAUCAGCGAGGAGUGCGGCGCAGGGCUAGAAAACCGUACCUACCUUCGUAAAUAUAUAAAGGAUGUAUAAAGGAAUUGUAAUGUACUGUAGUCAUGCCCUGCCUGUGAUUCUCCCGUCUCUUCCCUGCUGCAGGAUAAUGUCUGAGGGCGGCAGUCGGGGCGACGUGGCAAUGAGGGCGAACGAGAACGUCCACAGGUCGGGGGUCACGCCGGAGGAGAUGGCGGCCGGCUACGACGAGUGGUCCGAGAACUACGAGGAGAUGAUGAUCUGGAAAGGCGGGUACCGUGGCCCCGCCAUCACGCUGGAGGAGGCGCUGCGUUGGGUACCCCCGGAGCGGCGAGCCAAGGCCAGGGUGCUGGACGUGGCCGCCGGGACGGGCUGCGUGGGCCGCGAACUCCACCGGGAAGGCUUCAGCCACUCCCACAGGCACAUAGACGCUGUGGACCCGUCGGAGGGCAUGAUGAAGCAACGGGAGACUGGCAUCUAUACCAACGACUUCCUGGAGUUUAUCGGCAGCGGACACUCCACCGUGCCCAAAGACACAUACGACCUGGUGGUCACCUCGGGUGGUAUGGGCGAAGGUCAUAUCCCACUCAGUGGCCUCGACGACCUGGUGCGCGUCGCAAAGAACGGAGGCUUCGUGAUCAUCGUGAUGCGCCAUGAGUUCCUGCAGACCGUGCCUUCCUACAAGGACAAGCUGGAGCCUUACAUGGACCAGCUGGAGGCGGACGGGAAGUGGAAGAAGGUGGAGCGGCGCAUCGUCCCAAACUAUUUCUGUGACAAGGAGGGUCUCGUCUUCGUCUUCCGCAUCACUAAGCCUGAGUGAGGAGGAAUAGGAGGGAAGGGAAAGGAGAGAGAUGAAGAGGAGAAGUUAUAGUGGUGCUGUGCCAAGGCUGUCUCUUUGUAACAGCCUUGGCUUUCGUCGCGGCACCCGAGACUGAGGUGUGAAUUAUCGUGCUCUGGCAACCUGGCGUCAUGGCGUCUACGAUGUUAUAUGAUAGUCUACGCAUAGGGCACAUUUGUCAGUAUUAAUCAUAUUAUUGAAAUUGUCGUAAAAAUCUGUUUUAGUUUAUAAGACUGAGGCUGCAGAAUCCUUAACCUCAGACCUUGCUAUCAUCUCCGAUUGUGAUAAAAGGAACCUUUGGGUUUUUGUGUCCUUCAAUGCCUCAAAAACCCAAUUUAUCCACCUUUCAACUCGACACAAUCUUCCAAACACCUAUCCCCUAUUCUUCAACUACACUCAGCUGUCACCUUAUAAUUCUUCAGAACUAAAUAUCCUCGGUCUAUCCUUAACUCAAAAUCAAAAACUCAAAAACUGGAAACUUCUCAUCUCUUCUCUCACUAAAUCAGCUUCCUCGAGGUUGGGCGUUCUGUAUCGUCUCCUCCAGUUCUUCUGCCCCGCACCGCUGCUAUCCAUAUACAAGGGCCUUGUCCGCCCUCGUAUGGAGUAUGCAUCGCACGUGUGGGGGGCUCCACCCACACAGCUCUUCUCUAUCUUUCGGCCACUCCUCUGUUGUAAAAAAAAAAUAAGGUCGCUGAUUAUGUAGCUGUAUGUGUGUGUGCAAUGUGCAUGUGUAAUGGCAAGUUGCCAGAACACGAUAACGAAGACCUCAGACUCGUGUGCUGCGACUAUAGUAUACGUUUAGGAAUGCUUGGUCUGGGUCUUGGGGUCUUGAUGAUGUACAGACAUGUAUAUAUAUAAUAAACGGGUGCCUACUUCCCCUCAGAAUCAUGUUAAUCGUUGUUUGUUUCUCAAGUUAAUUUAAGUGAUUACUUUUCCUAAUUUUAAAUGCGUCUGCUGUUCCUAAUUUAUAAUGUGUCUGCUGUUCCUAAUUUUAAAUGCGUCUGCUGUUCCUAAUUUAUAAUGUGUCUGCUGUUCCUAAUUUAUAAUGCGUCUGCUGUUCCUAAUUUAUAAUGUGUCUGCUGUUCCUAAUUUAUAAUGCGUCUGCUGUUCCUAAUUUAUAAUGUGUCUGCUGUUCCUAAUUUAUAAUGCGUCUGCUGUUCCUAAUUUAUAAGGUGUCUGCUGUUCCUAAUUUAUAAUGUGUCUACUGUUCCUAAUUUAUAAUGUGUCUACUGUUCCUAAUUUAUAAUGUGUCUACUGUUCCUAAUUUAUAAUGUGUCUACUGUUCCUAAUUUAUAAUGUGUCUACUGUUCCUAAUUUAUAAUGUGUCUACUGUUCCUAAUUUAUAAUGUGUCUACUGUUCCUAAUUUAUAAUGUGUCUACUGUUCCUAAUUUAUAAUGUGUCUACUGUUCCUAAUUUAUAAUGUGUCUACUGUUCCUAAUUUAUAAUGUGUCUACUGUUCCUAAUUUAUAAUGUGUCUACUGUUCCUAAUUUAUAAUGUGUCUGCUGUUCCUAAUUUAUAAUGUGUCUACUGUUCCUAAUUUAUAAUGUGUCUGCUGUUCCUAAUUUAUAAUGUGUCUGCUGUUUCUAAUUUAUAAUGUGUCUACUGUUCCUAAUUUAUAAUGUCUACUGUUACUACUACUGCUACUGGCUAUGUGCCGAGCCUAUGGAAAGUAGCUAAUGUGACGCCGAUUUUUAAAAAGGGGGACAGGUCAGUUGCUUCAAACUAUCGCCCAAUUAGCUUAACAUCGGUUAUAGGGAAGAUGCUGGAGUCCAUAAUAGCCAGGAAUAUUCGGGAGCAUUUAGAGAAACGUAGCUUAAAUUCACGACUCGCAGCAUGGGUUCACAAAAGGUAGGUCAUGCCUCACCAAUCUCUUGUCCUUCUACAAUAAAGUAUUUGAGGCGGUUGACAGAGAUGAAAAUUAUGAUGUAAUCUAUCUUGAUUUUAGUAAAGCGUUUGACAAAGUUCCUCACCAACGACUGUUGCUUAAAUUACAGGCUCACGGAGUAGAGGGUAAAGUUUUGAACUGGAUCAAGGCGUGGCUUAGCAAUAGGAAGCAAAGAGUGCAAAUCAAUGGUAAAAGAUCUGACUGGGGAUGUGUUACGAGUGGGGUCCCACAAGGUUCGGUAUUAGGUCCACUUUUGUUUAUUAUUUAUAUCAAUGACUUAGACACAGGAAUUAGUAGUGAUGUUAGUAAAUUUGCAGAUGAUACCAAGAUCGGUAGAGUAAUUGAGUCGGAUCAGGACGCUAGUAUUCUCCAAGGUGAACUCAACAGAUUAUAUGACUGGGCGGAUAAAUGGCAGAUGGAGUUCAAUGUAGGGAAGUGCAGUAUUCUGAGUGUAGGUAGGAACAACCCCUCACAUAACUAUUGCUUAAAUGACACUCUCAUAAGUAGGUCUGGGUGCGAAAGGGAUUUAGGGGUCUUAGUGAGCUCUGAUCUCCGUCCAAGGGCACAAUGCAUUCAAGCUAGAAAUCGAGCUAAUAGGGUACUGGGAUUUAUUUCAAGGAGCGUAAGCAACAGAAGCCCCGAAGUCUUCCUCAAACUAUAUUUAGCAUUAGUUAGACCUCAUCUUGACUAUGCGGUUCAGUUCUGGUCACCCUACUAUAGAAUGGAUAUCAAAAUGUUAGAAUCGGUGCAGAGGAGGAUGAUUAAGAUGAUUCAGGGGUUGAGAAACUUGCCAUACGAGGAAAGACUCAAACAGUUAAACUUGCAUUCUCUAGAAAGGCGAAGGGUGCGUGGAGACAUGAUCGAGGUUUAUAAAUGGAUGAAGGGUUUUAAUAAGGGAGACAUUCAUAAGGUUUUGUUGGUAAGAGAACCGGGUAGGACACGAAGUAACGGGUUUAAACUGGAUAAAUUCAGAUUCAACAGGGACAUAGGCAAAAAGUGGUUUACUAACAGGGUGGUGGAUGAGUGGAAUAGGCUUAGCAGUCAUGUGGUGAGUGCCAAUACAAUUGUCACAUUCAAAAAUAGACUAGAUAAAUUCAUGGACAGCGAUAUUAGGUGGGGUUAGAUACACGGGAGCUUAGGGUCAAAGGAGCUGCCUCGUACAGGCCUACCGGCCUCUUGCAGACUCCUGCGUUCUUAUGUUCUUAUGUUCUUAUGUUCCUAAUUUAUAAUGUGUCUGCUGUUCCUAAUUUAUAAUGUGUCUGCUGUUCCUAAUUUAUAAUGUGUCUGCUGUUCCUAAUGUAUAAUGUGUCUGCUGUUCCUAAUUUUAAAAGCGUCUGCUGUAGCCCUACGUGGCGGAAUGCAGAUGAAGUUAACUUAUUUAAUCUGAAAGUCAAGUGAAAUGAUCAGAAAGUAAAGUAAAGUUAAGUAACAGCAGUGAAGUAUAUGUGGCAGUGAGCAUGUGGAAG